AUGAACGCAAGCGUCGCUUUAGGGAAUGGGCUCAUAAGCCUGUGCCCAGACCAUGAUUUUAGCAUCAUACAAACAAAAACGUGUUACGAUUUCUCCGUCUAUGAAGACGAGCUGGUCCAUCCAAUCGGCCGUGACGACUGGCAGCAUUAUUAUCAACCGGGUAGCUACAACAAGAGGGCUUUCGCACACCGCGUCUGGGGUACAACACUACCGAAAAUGGAAGACACCCAACACAGCGUGUACGCCGAUAUAGCGCGGACAUUUUGCCCUUGGGUGCAUUCUAUUACAACGAAUAGUUAU